CACAAACUGCCGCGCGUUCACGAGAGCCAUCCUGACUGACCAACUUCCAGGGCAGCAGUGCUGGUGAAGUUUGAAGGGGAAAAGUCAGAUUUCACAAACCAUCCGGAAGGUCGCGAAACAAAAAACUGACGCAGUCCACAACUAGGCAGCAGCUAUGGACGAUUUAGACGCGUUGCUGGCAGACCUGGAAUCUACUACAUCCCACAUCUCAAAGCGACCUGUAUUCUUGCCCGACGAGACGCCCUACUCCAUCCCUACAGGAGGACAGCCCUACCAAGAUGUUACACUUCCACCUCCGGUCCCUCCUCCACCUUCAGCUGAAGCUCUGAACGGGUCCCUGAGAGAUCAGCCUGAUUCCCACCACUCCUCUCAGCAGUCACUGGGUUCGGCACAGAAGAGCUCAUGGUCAAGGGACAGUAGCAGUUCUCCAUUAUCUCACAUUGAAGAGGACCACGUGUACAGUUUCCCAAACAAACAGAAGACAUCAGAUUCCUCUACAACAGCCAUGACUUCUGCGUUGGGCAGUAAUCUGUCAGAGCUUGACAGGCUUCUGCUGGAACUUAAUGCUGUGCAACAGAGCUCCCCUUCAUUUCCCACUACAGAGGAGGCAGCUCCUCCCUUGCCAUCCUGCAGCAUCACUCACUACGAGAACGGCGGCACACCUGACAUCUUGGUAAGCCCACCACCUCAGGAGAAACCAAAGAGGAAUGGGAGGAUGGAGGACGCCCGACCUACUGUGGAAAGUCUGCUGGAUGAGCUGGAAGGCUCGGUGCCUUCACCCAGCCCCCCCACUCAUCACAGUGACUUGGACACAUCCUCUCAACAGCAGGCCAGAAUUUCAGCUUCCUGUGCCACCAGAGAGCUCGAUGAGUUGAUGGCCUCUUUGUCUGACUUCAAGCCUAGCUCUUUAGGCUCUCUGCUUGAACCAGCAGGAGCAUCUUCCAGCUCUUGCCACACUCCAAUGUCCUCUUCCAUUUCCCCCAUGGCUUCUCCUUCCUUGAGUCUGUCUCAUCCGUCUGCCUGUGCCUCUCCUCUCUUCUCUUUACCUGCUGGGCUAGAGCUACAUAUAGAUGAGGAUGGAGGAGAUGGUGGCAUGUUGAGACCCCACCCUAGCCAUCUCUCUCCACACAGUCCUACAUCCUCAUAUUCUGCAACCAGUGAGCUAGACCUGGACUCUGUCAUAGAUGUCUCUGCCAUCAUGCUAUCAUCUCAAACCAAAUCUCUGCUAGUCCUCUCUCAGUCUGCUUCCUCUAACUCCAACCUGCUAAGAAGUAGCCCAAGUCCUUCCAAUACCACUACCCCUUCACUUACCUCAGUUAUCACUGUCCUGGAUCACAAGUCCUCCAAGUCCCCAAGUCCAUCUGUAGAACGGGUCUCACCCUCAGCUUCUGGAGGUAAAUCCUCCUGUGCUCCUGAGAGUGUAAGCAAGGGUUCUCCUUGUUUUUAUGAUCUCGAUGUCAGUUUCUCCUCUUCGUCUUUACCUACAACCCAAAACUUCACCCCUCAGGUCUCAGCCCCCUCACCCCUCCCCGUUUUUGUCUCUCUGUCUCCACCUUCAAAAACAUCCUCACCAUCUCCAGUCUCGCCACUAAUAGUCUCUUCUCCAAUGGCCUUUAAUAACCACAACAGACAGUUGCUGGAGACACCACCUGCAACCCAUACAACCACCAACUUCACUGUACAGCAACCCCCUGUGGUAGAGCCAUCCCUGGAUGAGGCACUAGACAAGCUUCUAGCAAUGAGUUUUUCACAAAAUCACACAAUGGCGAAUGUGGAUGGACCUCAGCUGAAGAACGAUGCAGAGUGUCUUGGCAGAGGAAUGCAGGAGGUGCACGAGGAGCUCAUCCUACCCUUGGACAGAAGCAGCAUCCAGCCAGACACUUUCACCAACACUUUCACAGACGAUUCAGUGGACGGAGGCACAGAUGGGAAUGGAGACCUGGACUGGGCAGACGAAGAGCUGUCCAUGUCCUUACAUGACGGUCUGGAUGGCACCAUGACCCCUUACACUGAGAGGCUCUAUACAGAUGGCAGCAUGACCCCACUGACAGAGGCCAGCUGGAUGGAUGAGUCCAUGACCCCAUCAUCAUGCCCCGGGACCCCUGACGUCACCCUGGACCUGCCCCUGCUUCAGACUCCCACUAUAGACAGAGUCUCAGCGUCUGGACAUAUAAAAUCAGUUAUUAGGCGCACUAAGGAGACUCCCAAUGUGCACCCCAUGUACCGAGAGGCUCACCUGCGCAGGAAGAUGGGACCCAUCAUUGUAAACAAGAACUCUUCCCAGGACCGUCUCAUAGAAGAGCUUCAGGGUAAGCUUGGGAUCGGCCGCUCAGAACGGAGGCGCAAACAGUCCGAUGAUUGGCUGACGGAGGGUGUCAUCGUCACGUCCAAACCUCAGCGAUAUCGUCCCGAUGGGGCGGGCAGUGAGGUCGACAAGAUCAUAAUUCCCCCCGAGUCUCCUGUCCCCGUGAGGAAGGUGCUGCCACCUCCCUCUCCCCCUACCCCUCGUCGCCCCCCUGUCAUAGAAGAACCUAAGCGACCCCUCCCUGUACAGCACCCCCCUGUCCCAAUACCACCCCCACCUCCUCCACCUCCUUCACCACCUCCACAACGUACCCACCACAUUCACGAACCAGUUCCUGCUCCACCUCGGCAGUUCAUAAAAGCCUCACCUCCACCGGCUCCAGUCCAGAACCCUUCUACGCCUAAACCAGAGCCGCCUCCUCCUGUCCUAAAAACCCCAACCCAGCCACCAACAGUGGACUCGGUUCCCCCAGUUGCACCCAAAGUCCUGGUCUCUGUAGGCUGCCAAACUGAGUAUGACCCCAUCUUCCCUCCAAUGCAGAUUAUGGCCCAAGGGAAGGGUGGUGUCUCCGGUGGACCCCCGACACAGGUCAACAAGCUGGACAACAUGCUUGGCAGCCUGCAGUCUGACCUCAACAAACUGGGCGUGCAGACAGUCGCUAAAGGAGUUUGCGGAGCCUGCUGUAAGCCGAUUGUGGGACAGGUGGUGACCGCCAUGGGCCGCACAUGGCACCCCGAACACUUUGUGUGCACACACUGUCAAGAGGAAAUCGGCUCCAGGAACUUUUUUGAACGUGAAGGACAGCCCUACUGUGAGAAGGAUUACCACAAUCUGUUCUCUCCGCGGUGCUACUACUGCAACGGGCCCAUACUGGAUAAAGUUGUGACGGCGCUGGAUAGGACAUGGCAUCCCGAACACUUCUUCUGCGCUCAGUGUGGCUCUUUCUUUGGCCCUGAGGGUUUUCAUGAAAAGGAUGGAAAGGCAUACUGCAGGAAAGAUUACUUUGACAUGUUUGCACCGAAAUGCGGCGGCUGUGCCAGAGCCAUUCUGGAAAAUUACAUCUCAGCUCUGAACUGUCUUUGGCAUCCCGAGUGUUUUGUUUGCAGGGAGUGCUUCACCCCAUUUGUGAAUGGAAGCUUUUUUGAGCACGAUGGCCAACCCUACUGUGAAGUGCACUACCACGAGCGCCGCGGCUCCCUCUGCUCCGGCUGCCAGAAGCCCAUCACGGGGCGCUGCAUCACAGCCAUGUCCAAGAAGUUUCACCCGGAGCAUUUUGUCUGUGCCUUCUGCCUGAAACAGCUCAACAAAGGCACCUUUAAAGAGCAAAACGACAAACCCUACUGCCACGGCUGCUUCAUCAAGCUGUUCAGUUAGAGAGUUGGGGGAACGUUUAACACUGGCACACUUGGGUCAGGGCUAAAAUGAGAGUCUGAAGCAUUUCUAGCACAGGGAGAGUGAGAACGGGUUUAGUUUGUAUUGCAGGAAGCCGUCUCUGGAUGAUGGCGUUGGAAGUGUGUAUGGGCUAAGUAUGUGCAUGUGGUUGAAGCGGUGUGCUGCUUCGGCCAGACUAAAUGUUUUUCAUGUCAUUCAGAAUUAUUAUUAUUUUUUAGAUUGACAGCAGCUUAUUUGUGAAGCUUUUUAUGUGUUGUGAGCGGGUGACUAUAUCGGAUGAAGGUAUAUUCGGUCUUUAAAGGAAAAUCUUUUCCCCCCCCUCCAAGACAGCAACUUUUCUCCCAGUCUACUUAGAUGUGCUGAAACAAGCAGCUGUCUUGUUUGUUUUGAGUGUGUAUGUAUGUGUGUAACCCUCAAAUCGUUUUAUUUUUUAUCUUUUUAGAAGGUGAUAAAUUGUUACUAAGCACACUGAAACUCUGAUCUAUGAAAUGCUCGGUGUGUGGUAAAGUUACUCACUGGUUGAGUGCGUCAUUUUAGAAAUCAAAACAAUGAACAUAUGGCAGGGAACAGGUGACCUGUUGUUUUUACACAAUAUAAACUUUUUUUAACAAAUGAUCAGGAUAAAAGGCCUUUUACGUUCUCUCCUCCCUAGUAUAAAGUCAGAUAAGGCACAUCUUUAUAUAACUGAUAGAGUUGUGUUUUAUGGUGAAAUGCAUCUUUAGUGUCCCUUGACCAGAAACCCCUUUCUAGUAUGUCAUAUUUUAAUUAAAGGUGCAUACUGUGUUACAAAGCAGUCAAGGGCAAACUGAGCAUGGAUUAAUAUUUGACUCAGCAGUCACUGCGGUGUUCACUCUUCAUUACAUGUGCUGCCAAAUCAUUCCUUUUGGUUCCUCUGAAUUAAAGCGAGUCUAAAAGCAGUUUGUUGGAUUUGCCUCGUACAGUAAAGUGAAGCUGCACAGAGAUAUUGGGGGUACAGUGUUUUUGUGCUACACUACCCUUACUGUUUCUGAGUACAUCCUGAGAAUUUUUGUUGUUGUUUUUUGUACAUGUCCAAUGCAGCUACAUUGUAAGCAUGAACAUGUGUUUAAUAACCACUCGUUAAAAGAAGGAAAGGGCUGCUUGGAAGGCAUAGCAGAGAUAUUUGGAUGUCUUUGCUGAUAUUACUGUAUCGAGAAGCUGAUGAAUGUUUGUUUUUGAGAGAAUGCAAACCGUACACACAACUUGCCUGUGAUAUUCCGAUAACUAUGCAACUGUGGAUUAACAGCUUUGUAUUUCAGCAUCAGCAUCUAUUUCUUAGGCUGUCUGUGCCAUUGUAUCAUGUCUAAUAACACUGGCAAAUUCAGCAAAAAAUACUGAGAGCAGGUCAAGAGUCCGCUGUUCUGUUUUCAUGUUAUUAGUCUGUGAGUUUGUAAAAAUGAGAGCCUGGUGGUCUGCUAGAAUAACUGGUAGGACUAGGAUGACUCGUCUCCCUCAGCGUCUGAGUAGCAUCUACUGUAUGACCACCAGGUUGGGGCUCUGUACAUGGUUAUUCAUACACAGCAGACAGAUUUGGCUUUUUGUCUUGUUCAGGGAAUUCUAGAGCCUUAAUUCUUUUUUUUUUUUUCUCACUGUAUUUAAGAUAUCCUGUAACAGUCGUCUUUUCAAAAUGACUUUCGUAGAGGUUAUUUAACCAAAGCCAUACCUUCUUUCAGUUUUUCUUGUCUGUUCACUUUGUUUUUUCUUUUCACUUUGAAUGUCAAUAGAUACAAAUAGUGAGAUUCCUCUGUUCUAGCCUGAUUAUGCCAAUAAAUUCAGUUUUGGUAUCAAAA